AUGUCGACGACAUUUUGGGAUCUCUGCUCCGAUAUUCUCCAGGAAAUUUUUAGUUAUUUUUCAAUCGAUCAAGUGUUUUAUUCAUUCUAUCCUGAUGUUUUUCCUAGUCUCAGUAAUAUUAUUUAUGAAAGUCGUAUGAAAUUUCCACUUUGUCUAACCAAUGAUGAUAUGUUAAAUGCUACACUUUUUUCUCUUAUCGAUAAACAUCAAAUCAUUGCUCUUCGUCUUACAGCAGUUCAAAUCGGAUUGAUAGAAUUCUUAGACAUUCAAUCAAUUACAUUGGUAGAUGUUCGUAUGAAUAUGACGCUUUUAACUGAACUCUCAGCAUUACCUCUACUAAAACGUGUCAUUUUGAUUUAUUCUCAUAAUGAAUCAAAAUUAAAUGAAGCAUUUUUAUCAUACAUAUUUUGUUUACCUUAUCUGAAAUACUUGGAAUUAGAUUUUCAUGGUAGUUAUUUAAAUAUACCACAGAUAUCCAAAAAACACGUGUGUUCAAUUAAAGAACUUGUUUUACGUACACCUUGUUCAUGGAACAAUCUACAAGAACUAAUCGGCCAUUUGUUGCAUCUACGUAUUUUGCGUGUCAUGAUAAAUGUUCAUGGAAAUGGAAACAAUAAUGUUCCGCAUCAAUUUGGACUUAUUCCACCGAUUAUAUCCAAUGCGUCUUUUCCAUCUAUUGAAAUUUUUGAUCUCACCUGGUACACUAUUGAAAUGAAGAAUAUUCUUGCUUUCGUACGUCAAAUGCCUAAUUUAAAACAACUUUGUUUAUCAGGUAUUACAAAUAAAAACGCUUUGCAGAGUAAUAUUUGGAAAGAACUAUUGAACGUUGUAUGUCCAAACUUGCAGUUACUCAAUGUUAAAAUGUUAAUUUGGAUUCAAGAAGGAGUAGAAGAAAUUAAAAAUAAUUUUGAUACAGAUUUCUUUUUUAAACAGACUCAAUUUUAUUUAACAUUCAGUAAACACGAACGGGAAUUAUUACAAUUCAAUGGCAAAUUUAGACGUUAG